GUUUAUAAAUUGGAUUGAUGAAAUAUAUUGACCUCAAGUAAAGUAAAACAUUUAGUAAAAAGCGUUUAGUAAAUGUUAUAUGCUUUUAUUAAUGUAGUAAAAGCAUAUGUUCAAAGCUACAAGUUUUGUGGUUUUGACUUACAGGCACUGAAGUCAGCAUGUUUGCCCCUACUCUCCUUUACUGAAGUCAUAGUUAUUUCCUGUUAUGGUUAUAUGAAUUUGCACGCAGUAUGAAGUUUCUGUUUUGCUCAUGUAGCCAUGAUGACAACUCUGACUAUAACCUGGUGCCUUACUGCUGUUUUGGCUACCUACAUCGUUCUAGGAGCUGCAUCUGAGAGGGAGAAUGGUUUUGAACAGAUGAAAAGGGGGGAAAACUUUACCAUGGAAUGCAACACAAAGGACAACAAAAAAGAUACUUUAACAAUAUAUACACGACUCCCGAGCAAGAAUGUACUGCUGAUCUAUGACAUGCAAAGUAACAAAUGUAAUUUUGGUUCAAAGUACACAGAUAGAGUGAAAAUCAGUGGCAAUGGGCACAAACUAAUUAUGACUCUUAGUGACAUGCAGCCAAAAGAUUCUGGACUGUACAUAGGCCAGUAUAGCAGUUACAAUAUUUACAAAAAUGUAGUAGAAGAAGAAGAAGGCUGUAGCAGGCUCCUGUUUGUGAAGGAUGUGGAUAAGACCUUAUCUUCUGAAAAAUCAACUGGUAAAGAGUCAUCUGCCAUGACUGAACCAUUGGUGCUGGUUUUUGCCCUGAUUGCAUGCACUAUGCUUGUGGUUUGUUUCCUGGUGGUCUGGGUGUUAGUACCCAAGGUGAAGGCCCAUUGUGUGAAUCAAGAUGCAGAGGAUUCAAGGGAAUUUAGCCCAGUCUAUGAGGAUAUGCACCGUGUGCAAAAUAAAUAAGAUGAUAUUUUUUGCCUAUUUGUUUACAAAAUUAAGAGUUGUUUAUGUUGUCAUUAAUGAAAUGCUCAAGAAUGCUUUUAAGCUUGUCUGAUGUUUCUGGCGGAUGUAUUAAUUUGUAUCAGUGCAUUAAAAUGUGUUAUAUAUUCAUUUGUUAUGCCAUUAUUUUUUUUACAGUACUCAUAUUUGUAAUAUUUUAACAGAAAUAAAAUUUGAAUGUGGUAAUGCAUACAAAUCA